UUUUCGCUGAAGCAAAUGCUUAGACUGUUAGACCCAUGGGUCCUGAAAGAGCUAAGAAACCAAGCAGAAACUUCACAAGGAUGAGGAAGCUUAGAACACACGCAUGGCUUGAUUUCUCACGACGAAAGCUAUUGUAGAAACCUUUGUGGUGGCAGCUAAGGAGCUUGGUGCCAAGGAAAAUAAAUUCUUUUUGGAGAUUCUGGAAUCACCAGAAAUGGGAAGAAAUGAGGAAUUCUCAAACCCAUUAUCAGCUUUUUACUAAUUAUGCUAUUAAGAUGUAUUGAUACGCUAAAUCUCGCAGUGUUUCCUUGAGUUGUGCAUUCGUUGACUUCCUGUUGUUUGUGGGUUUCAUUUAUCUUGUUGCCUUUGUUCUUGAUUCUGUAUGUUUAAUAAACUUGAUAUGCUUUUCAAAUUACAAAUUUAGCAAUUCUAUGAAAGUGCACUUUGCAGCAUAACUAUUAUUCUGUCAAUGUAUUUUUAGAUUUCUAUCUAUCAAAUACUUAGGAAGUGUACUGUGUGUUGAAAUUUGAGCAACAUUCUGAAGAUUUCUGGUUUUUUAUGAAUCUGCUACCCAAUAAAAUCUUUGUGAUUUUAAUUUCUUUUAGGAAAGGAGGACUAAUAAUUUUGUUUUUUUGUUUUUUUUUUUCCUUUUUUCUCUUUUGGGUUUGCUGCGAGGAAUUGUGACAUAAACUAAUUUACAACUCAAAAUAUCAUCUAGGUGUUUACAACAUUUGUAUGGAUUAUUGGAGUAAUGCCAAAUCUUUUGAAGUUCAAUUGUGAGUAAUCAGAUGGCAGACAAACGCCCCUGAAGGAGCAGGGGCAGUUCCUUUUGAUUUUUAGGAAGAACAUUUAGGGUUGAGGUUGUUCCCAGUUCAUUAUUAUAAUCCAGGUUGCUGCACAAGUAAAUACUAAAAGAGUAGAGCAGCCAUGCUAGCUACUGUUGUUGGCAGUUUGAUCUUCAUUAACCACAGGGGGUUGGUUGAAAUCUUCCCUCAACGCAUACGGAACCUUUGGAAUGAAUGGGAGCUCCGUGGAGCAGUUAUUGUCAGCCUCUCUAUGCAGAUUGUCUUAAUUUUAUUGGGAAACAGAAGAAAGUACAUCGCGAGAGAUUGGCUGGCAAUUGUUGUUUGGCUUGUUUACCUGUCAGCUGAUUGGAUUGUAAAUGUUUCACUUGGUGUUCUCUCCAAUACAGAAUCAACAGAUAAAAAUGGUUUGCUGGAUCCGAAGUAUGUGAUAAUGUCAUUUUGGGCACCAUUUCUUCUUCUGCAUCUUGGUGGUCCUGACACCAUUACAGCCUACUCAAUGGAAGAUAAUGAAUUAUGGAUGAGGCAAUUGCUUGGGCUAUCUGUCAAGUUUGGGGGGGCAUUUUAUGUCUUAAUUAGGUCAUGGAUGGGAAGUCCAUUUAACUAUCUAGCACUUCCAAUGUUCAUAGUUGCAAUUAUAAAGUGUGGGGAGAGGACUUGGGCUUUACGAUAUGCGAGCAGUGACCAGUUCAGGAAGUCCAUGGUUCCUCGGCCUGAUCCAGGACAUAGUUAUGCUAAAUUCAUGGAUUAUUACACUUCAAUAAGAGCUGAGGGGCACAAUGUAUCACUGGAGCCAGUGAUUGAUGAAGCUUCCAUUGUGCUGCGUCAAUCUUGGAAAGCUGUAGCAAACAGUAUUGUCCCUGAUGCUGCAAUCUUGCAAAAGGCUGCAUGUUUCUUUGGAACUUUCAAAAGGUUAUUUGCCAAUCUCAUCCUCAGCUACCAGGAUCUGGAGAGUAGCAGGUCUUAUUUACAUGGUGAGCAUAUGACUUGGGAGAAAGCUUUCAAAGUGAUAGAGAUUGAGGUUGGAUUCAUGUAUGAUUUGCUGUAUACCAAGACAAUUGUCAUACAUACAUAUCUCAGCAGUUGUCUUCGUAGUAUCAGUUUAUCUUGUACCAUUUUCGCUCUCGUAGCCUUUUUUAUAAUCGAUAAGUCUUCUUAUUCGAGAGUUGACAAGAGCAUAACUUGGCUCUUGCUGUUUGCUGCUAUCGCUUUACAAGUAUAUGAGAUAAUUGUUCUACUUUCCUCAGAUUUGACAUUACUUUGGCUAAGCAAGCACAAAAAUCCAUUGGUGGAUCGCAUCUACAAGCCCAUCUGCUGUCUCCAGUCACUGUUGCAAUCUUUUUAUAUUACACCUGCUGCAAACAAGAGAUGGUCUAAUUCCAUGGCAAAAUUCAAUCUGAUAAGAAUUUGCCUUAAUGAUAAGCCAAUCAAGUUCAGUGGAAUCCUCAAGUUCUUAUGCAUUUAUGAGCUGUUAGAGAAGCAGCAAUUCAAAGCCUUGGAUAAUGUUUCCGCCGAUUUGAAAAGGCUGGUGUUUGAACAGAUUUUGGUGAAAUCUAGGAAUGAACUGGACAUAAGUCUUUCUAGGCAAUUGUGUGCUCAAAGGGGUGAUCAGAUACUCAGAGAAAUGGAUUGCUUUGACAAGAUUGGCUGGAGUGUUGAAACAGAAUUUGAUCAAAGCAUUCUUCUAUGGCACAUUGCCACCGAUCUCUGCUUCUACAUUGAUCUUAACAAAAAGUCCAAUGUAAUUGAAACCCCGCUAUGCAAAGAAAGCAAAUCUUUAUCAGAAUACAUGCUGUAUCUUCUAGUUAUGUGCCCUUUCAUGCUUCCUAAUGGGAUUGGACAGAUCAGAUUUCAAGACACCUGUGCUGAGGCCACCCAAUUUUUACAAGAAAAAAAGCACAUCUCAGAUGAAAACAAAGCUUGCACUGCAUUACUUCAAGUGAACACUGAUAUUCUUCCAUCUCAAGUGAAAGGAGAUAGAAGCAAGACAGUGUUAUUCGACGCGUGUAGGCUCGCCAAAUCCUUGCAGGCUUUGGAGACAGAAGAGCAAUGGACAAGUGAGAAGAAGUGGGAGAUGAUAAAUCAUGUGUGGAUAGAGAUGCUUUCUUUUGCUGCAAAUCAGUGUGGAUCAAUCAACCAUGCCAAGCAACUCACAGGAGGAGGGGAGCUGCUCACUCAUGUCUGGCUAUUGAUGGCUCAUCUGGGUAUCACUGAACAAUUUCAGAUUUCUAAAGGCAAUGCAAGGGUGAAGUUGAUUAGGAGCUGAAGAUUCCUGAGGAUAAAAUCAUUGUUUGUAAUUGGUGAAGAAAUAUUAUUUAGAGCCAGGUGGUUUUCUUUGUCUAUUUAGGCAUGGAAGAGCUGUAUAUACCACUCGUUUUUUAACAUAAGUUGGUUGUUGUAAUGGAGAAAUGAGAAAUAAUAUGGGAAAAUUUUUUCA